CAACCACCCUCGAACCAACAAUCGUUUCGCGCGUAAAGGGAAAGAUAUGGGCUCUCUAGUGGAUCCAGCCUUCGUCCAAGCUCCCGAGCACCGGCCCAAACCCACCGCCCCGGAGGCGGCCGUUGGCAUCCCACUCAUCGACCUCUCCCCCAUCCUCCACUCCCCCAUCCCGGCCGCCGGUGGCGCCGCCCCGCCGGCCAUCUCCCGUCUUCUGGCGGAGGUGGAGGCGGCGUGCUUGGAGUGGGGGUUCUUCCAGGUGAUCAACCACGGGGUUCCUUCAGAGCUCCUCGACAACAUCAUGGCAGCGUCCAAGGGAUUCUUCGCGCUGCCGGCGGAGGAAAAGCGGCAGGUGAGGAGGGAUGAUGUGAAUCCGCUCGGCUACUACGAUGUGGAGCACACCAAGAAUGUAAGGGACUGGAAGGAGGUGUUCGACUUCGUCGUCGAGGAGCCGGCCGUGUUGCCGGCGUCGGCCGAGCCCGGAGCUGAUGAGUUCCUCCCGCUUAGGAACCGGUGGCCAGAAUAUCCUCCAGGAUUUAGGGAGGCCUGUGAGAAAUAUGCCAAAGCUGCGAAUGAGCUAGCUUUCAAGCUGCUGGAGCUGAUUGCACUGACCCUGGGCUUGCCUGCCAAUCGAUUGAAUGGGUUCUUUAAAGAUCAAUCCAGCUUCAUCCGCUUCAACCACUACCCUCCAUGCCCCUCCCCUCACCUCGCCCUUGGCGUCGGCCGGCACAAGGAUGGCGGAGCCCUCACCAUCCUGGCUCAAGAUGUUGGUGGCCUUGAUGUCAAGAGGCAGUCCGACGGCGAGUGGAUCCGUGUCAAGCCAAUUCCCAACUCUUAUAUCAUCAACGUUGGCGACAUAAUUCAGGUCUGGAGCAAUGAUAAGUAUCAGAGCGCAGAGCACAGGGUGUCGGUGAACUCGGUGGGGGAGAGGUUCUCCAUUCCUUUCUUCUUCAAUCCGGCUCUUUAUGUGAUGGUGCAGCCAUUAGAGGAGCUCAUAGAUGAAGAGAAGAGGCCGGCCAAGUACAAUGCGUACAACUGGGGGGAGUUCUUUAAGUCAAGGAAGAACAGCAACUUUAAGAAGCUGGAGAUGGAAAACACCCAAAUUUAUCAUUUCAAGAAGGCGGUAUGAUUGGCUCAGGAGUCUUGCUAUGGAGAGGAUUGUACAGUAGAGUGUUAAGUGAAAUAAAACCUACAGCGUGUUCCAUACUACUACUGUCUUGUUCUCACCGUACGUGUCAGACAUAAGGCAUGUAGAGUAUUAUGAUGCUUUAAGACAUGUAUGGGUUUGCUCGUCUUCCCAGCAUUUGCUUUAGACGCCAUAUUAAUGCAUCAUUUAGUUUAGUUUA